GUUGCACCCACUUGAGAGUUUCACGAUGGAAUUCAACAGCAAUGGAUGUUUUAUCGCUUUGAUGGCCUUCAUGUCUCAUUUCAUAUCGGGAUGUAUAGCGAAGGGUAUUGGUGUCUUACUUCCAACGCUCCGCGACCAGUUAGUGACACAUACCUGGAUCAUAGGUAUAGUGGGAGCAUUAAUGGGAGUCGCGUCAGAUGUUGCAGGUCUCUCUACAUUGCCUCUGGAAAAUCUGUUUGGGUAUCGCCGUGUGACGAUCUCCUGCAGUAUAGUUGGAAGUUUUGGUAUGAUUUUGCUUCCGAGCGUGACAAACCCCGUUCAUAUUGCCCUGGCUCUGGCGGUGUUGGUCGGGCCGUCUCUUGGUAUUUUUACAGUUUUGGGUAAGGCUCUUGUUGGACGUCAUUUUAGUAAGCAGUAUGCUCUGGCUUGUGGAGUCGCCUACGCAGGACAAGCACUUUCACUUCUUGCUGUUGCACCAAUGACACAGGUUUUCCUUGACACCUACGGUUGGAGGGGAGCAAUGUUACUUAUAGCCGGAAUCUGUAUACACAUGGUACCAAGUGCCAUCGCUGUUAAAGUCAUCAAAGCUGAGUACGAUCCCAUCUCAUAUACCAAGAUUACAAACACCGACCAGGAGUACCAGGAAAGAAGUGAGGGCGCUGUUACUCUCUGCAUCAAGGCAUUUUCCAGAAUCAUCCGCAAAAAUCUGGAUCUGACAAUACUUCUUGAGUUCAAUUUCUGGAUCGUCGCAACGUGUCGAUUUAGUGUGUCAUGUGUCUUCACUACCUGGCUGCUGUAUUUUGUUCCCCAUCUUCAAGUCAAAGGCUUUUCACCCCAAGUAGCGGCGUCAAUUUGUUCUGCGGGUGCUGUUGGAUCCCUCAUCGGAUCCAUCAUCUGGUCACCCUUUGUGGACAGGGGUCUCAUCACAAGUACAUCGGGAAUGGUUCUUAGCAGCCUCGCUCUGACCUUGUCAUUCGUCUUGGAUCCUUGGGUGACUGACUUCAUCAGUUGCCUUGCUGUCACCUUGGCUUUUGGAGUGUUUGCCUCAUCAGUUUACACUCUUGUGGAUGUAAUGACCAAAGAAAUCCUCGGUAAAGAGCGACUAGUCAGCGCAUUUGGCUGGAUGAGGGCUUUCUUUUUGCCCCGACUGAUUGCAGGUUUUGUACCAGGUUAG